GAAGAAGCCUUACCGUGUUCAAGAAUCAAAAUCUGUCCUGUUAUCGUCAUAUACCAUGAACACAGUGUCUAUGGGCCAGAAACGUGAAGUGUGUGUUUGGUAACCAGUGAAAAGUGCUCUGAUUUUUAGGAAAUUAAAAAGAAAUGCUUUUGAAAUGCCUUUCUUUCUUCCUCCUGCAGUUAAGGACAUUCAGACAAGCUCUCUGUUAUUUCUCAGAAAGAACUUUUUUUUUUUUUUAAGGGAGGUUUACUUUUGUCCCCUCCAAUCUGGCUUGAAUAAAGGCCAGUAAAAGGAGAUUUUGUAAUCAAAUCAGAUUUUGAGUGUUCUGUUAAUUAUGAAUAAAAGCAGAUGUUACUUCUAUCCUCGUAAGGUGAUCUUCUCGCAUGUCAGUAUUUCACUUUUCAUUUUUGUCCGAAAAUGGGUAUCUUUAUCAAUUUUUGGUCAGAGUGAGUUAAAUUCAGAACAGUCUUUAGUUAGUGAGAAAUUAUUAGUAUGUACACAUAAAACACACUGUUUUUACAUAACUGAUAUUAGAACUAGGAAACCUGUGUUAUUUUGACAGGUACACAAAUAAAGGAUAAAGUAUCUUAUGAAACAGAUCUUCAAUCAAGUGUAACAUUUUGAUGCUUGGCAGUUAGACUUCUUGUACCCUCACUAUGCCAGCAGCAACGGUAGAUCAUAGCCAAAGAAUUUGUGAAGUUUGGGCUUGCAACCUGGAUGAAGAGAUGAAGAAAAUUCGUCAAGUUAUUCGAAAAUAUAAUUAUGUUGCUAUGGACACCGAGUUUCCAGGUGUGGUUGCAAGACCUAUUGGAGAAUUCAGGAGCAAUGCUGACUAUCAGUACCAACUAUUGCGGUGUAAUGUAGACUUGUUAAAGAUAAUUCAGCUAGGACUGACAUUUAUGAAUGAGCAAGGAGAAUACCCUCCAGGAACUUCAACUUGGCAGUUUAAUUUUAAAUUUAAUUUGACGGAGGACAUGUAUGCCCAAGACUCUAUAGAGCUACUAACAACAUCUGGUAUCCAAUUUAAAAAGCAUGAGGAGGAAGGAAUUGAAACCCAGUACUUUGCAGAACUCCUUAUGACAUCAGGAGUGGUCCUCUGUGAAGGGGUCAAAUGGUUAUCAUUUCACAGCGGCUAUGACUUUGGCUACUUAAUCAAAAUCCUGACCAAUUCUAACUUGCCUGAAGAAGAACUUGACUUCUUUGAGAUCCUUCGAUUGUUUUUUCCUGUCAUUUAUGAUGUGAAGUACCUCAUGAAGAGCUGCAAAAAUCUCAAAGGUGGUUUACAGGAAGUUGCUGAACAGUUAGAGCUGGAACGGAUAGGACCACAGCAUCAGGCAGGAUCUGAUUCAUUGCUCACAGGAAUGGCCUUUUUCAAAAUGAGAGAAAUGUUCUUUGAAGAUCAUAUUGAUGAUGCCAAAUAUUGUGGUCAUUUGUAUGGCCUUGGUUCUGGUUCAUCCUAUGUACAGAAUGGCACAGGGAAUGCAUAUGAAGAGGAAGCCAACAAGCAGUCAUGACAUGAAAUAGCCCUUUUAUUUUUUAUUUUAUUUGAACUGCACACAUGCUUGUAUAUAGGUUUUAUCUCUGGUCGAAUCCUUUGAACAAUAGUACUUUUUUUUCUUUCAUGGCCCUUUUUAUUUUCUGUCCUUUAGUACUAGGUAUGACCAUUCCUGUCUCAGCUUAAAUAGAAAAGCAUUCAGGUUAAAUUGGCCUUAACUGAAUAUGCUUGUUACCAGGCGUGUGACAGAGAGUGGGAAAGCUGUACCAUAUAAACUUGACCGACUUGACCGUGGCUUGUGUUUCCCCUUUCCUAAAUUAACUAGCACUGACUGUAAUUUAUUUCCCUGUUUCAUGUCUCCCUUCCAUCCUGCAGGAGUUUUAGCUAUUUGAGAUUGUGGACCAUCAAUUUUGCACUUUAGAGAGUGAUUCUGACUCAGAUCUUCUGUUUUAUCAGAAAAUUUGGGUUUUCUUGCUCUUAGCUGGAAAAAUGACCAUCUGCCAACCUUGUAAAGUAUUUCCUUGUUUUUCACCCGUGGAAUAUUGCACAUGCAUUGUGCAAAUGGUUGAUUCAGCAAGAUGACAAAAAAAUAACAGACAAAAGCUGCUGAGGAGCUUACUAACUGCUGUUUCACUACUAGUGUUCAAUCUUCCAGCACGUCUGAUGUCUGUCAGUUUCUGAUUGGCGUGUGUAGGCUGCUCUGUGACUGAAGAACUUUUCAAACCAGCUUUACAACCUUCAGGAAAAAAUCCCUUAUUUAUGAUUGGACUUUUGUUGUCUGCCAGGAAACUGGUCUCAAAGAUGUUGACGCUGCAGUUACUUUAUGAUGGCACACUUCCCUUGAUCUGCUCUUUAUUCCAUCACUGUUCACCUUGUUUUAAUUUUUUUAUAAUUCUGUAGCCAUACUUAUGAGCUCUUGAUUUGUUGAUUCCACAAAUCAAUUUCAUUAAAGUCCAAAGAUAGCAAAUCUUUAGGUAUAUUUUGUACCAGAUUAAAUUAGAAGACAAAAAAUUAUGCUUUCAUAGUUGUUACAAAGAUAAAGAAUGGAGAGAUUUGGUGCACAACAAAAUACAAAAAUAUAUAGAUAUGUUAGCUGUGUGUGUGUGUAUAUAUACACAUAGAGCUAAUAUGUAGCUAAUAAAAUUACCCGAGGAGUGUAAUGUUUGUUUAUUUUUUGUGUGUAUAUCUUUGCAAUCUAUUUUAUAUAUAUUGACAAAAGAGACUGUGAAAUAUUUAGCCAUGCAGAAUAUGUGACUAGACCAGAGCAUGUGCAGGAAGACAUUUGGGUAAUCAUUAGCUCUAUUCAGAAAUGAUGGACUACAAGUUAGGAUGUGUUAUCUACACUUCAGUCAGUAGUAUGAGCAGAUCUCCAGAUGUCAGCCACAUCAUUUGUUUUCCUUGUACAUUUCUUUAUUCAUGAUACUACAGUGCUUGUAACUGGGUGGUCCUUUUUAAACAAAACAUUAUUUGCAAAAUAAAGUGUAUUAUUUGUUUUUAAAGCUUUUGUAAAUAAAGGCUUCAGAAAUGUUUUCUUAUA